CUUGGGAAGUGGAAGGAGUAAAUGUUCCUGUUUUGGUAGUGUCUUCGCCAGUUGUCUUUGAUACAGCUUCAAAAUUUUAACUAAUUUCACAAUUUAUGCUUUUUUCAGUCUAAACUCUAAACGGAACAUUUAAAGCAUACAAUGCCAUCUAGUUGUUUGUUUUUGGGGGGAAAAAAGUAAAUGGUACAAAAGGUAUCGCUGCCUUGCAUCAAAUUUCAACUUGGGGCGGGGGUGUCGUGGAUAUUUUGUGAUGAUGUGGUUUAUUCUGUGCAUUAGGUAUAAGCUUAAAAACGGAAAUUUAAAGAAAUGAGCGCCCCCGUCCAGUUUUUGCAAGUCCCAUUUUUGUAGUGGUAAAAUCUGCAGGUCUGGUUGCCAUAUUUCACAGAAUUCUGUCUGCAAGAACUUGAUACAAGGAUUUGAUUGCAUUUUUAAUUCAAGUAGCCUUCACAGUUGUGAUGAGUGAAUUGCUUUGGAUUGGGAUUUACACACUAUACCAUCAGAUACCCAGCAGGAAACGCAGCAGAAAUCGCAGAAAACACUACCCUAGUAGCACCUACCAGAGAGUUAUCUGACAGCUGAGACAGGCCAUGGAGAACAAGCCUGCAAAAAACCAUAGGGCUGAGUCUGCUGGACCUGAUGAAAAUGAUGGGAUGCAGUUGUUGGAAAACAAGGAGGAUGAUGGUAAACCUCCUGCAGCUAAGAUAGCUCGACAAGAUAAUAGCAGACUUCAUGUUGUGGAUCCCAGUAGGGAUGAUGCUGACAGUAUUAUGGUACAGCCUCUGGUUGAAGGUAGUGGUAUUUCUGAAAUUGCUAAGUCUGUAAAUAUAGAAAGAUCUGCCAUUCUGGAGUUCCCCAAACUUCCCACUGGUACAGCAUUUGGACUGAAGAUUCCAACAGAGGUUCAAGAAUUUCUUCCUGCUGUAGUUAUGGACAGUCAGACACAAGUGAGUGAAAUAAUUUCUAAAGUUAAAUGUGAUGGACCAGACAUAGUGGAGAUUCCAGCAGCAGAGCAAGAAGUUCUUCCUGCUGUGGUUGUGGACAGUCAGACUCAAGAAAAAGAAUUAAUUUCUGAAGUUAAGCUUAGUACACCAGACAGUGUGGGGAUUCCAGCAGAAGUGCAAGAUUGCCUUCAGACAGUUGUCAUGGACAGUAAAACACAAAUGAAAAACAUAAUUUCCGAUGUAAAAUUGGUGGCGAGGGAUGCAGCUGAAUGGCAGCAAACAUUUUCUGGCCAUGUAUUGCCGUCAUACCCAACCCAAGAGCCAGAAGUAGUUCCUGAAAUCACACAGUUGGGCAGCCCAGCACAGCAACGUGAAUGUAUUUCUAAGGUCAUAGAAAUGGAGGGCCCUGAGCAGAGUGACAAAACGGUCAGCAGCUGUGAAACAGAGCCCAUCACAGAGGAAAAUGUUGGAUACUAUUCUUUAGGAUACGACUUUACCCAUGUUCCUCAGUUACUGACUGGAGCCUGGGCAGAGUACUCCGGCAUCGCAGAAAACUUCCUAAAAGGCUCCAAGUGGGCCCCAGAUGGAACAUGUAUAGCAACUUGCAGUGCUGACAACAUUCUGCGAAUUUACAAUCUUCCUCCAGAGUUCUAUGCUGAGGACUGGGAUGUCUUGGCUGAAAUGCAUAGCAAGCAGCUGUAGAGACAACCCUAUUCAUAUCUGGGAUGCCUUUUAUGGAGAUUUGCGGGCAUCUUUCAGGCCAUACAACCAUCUGGAUGAACUGACUGCUGCACACUCACUAUGCUUUUCCCCUGAUGGCUCCAAGUUGUUCUGUGGAUCAGAUAAAAUGGUGAGAGUGUUUGAUACUUCUCGACCAGGCAGGGAAUGUGAAAAAAGACCAACAUUUGUGAAGAAGACUGGUCAGAGUGGUAUCAUCUCAUGCAUAACCUUUAGUCCAUACCAGGAUGUUUAUGCCUGCACAUCAUAUUCCAAAACCGUGGGUUUGUACACACUGAAGGAUGGGAUCUUGGUGACGGUCCUUAAAGGACACCAGGGUGGAGUGACACAUGCUGUCUUCUCCCCAGAUGGCAGCCUGCUAUAUACAGGAGGACGAAAAGACCCCGAGAUCCUGUGCUGGGACCUAAGGAAUCCUGGGAAAGUGUUGCUGUCCGUGUUAAGGAAUGUCACUACCAACCAGCGGAUGUAUUUUGACAUAGACCCCUAUGGACGCUACUUAGUAAGCGGAAACACACAGGGUGUGGUGUCAGUGUGGGACAUGUCCCUUCCGUGCAUUGAAAGCGCAUGUUCAUUAUUGAAUCCAGUGCUCCAGUUUCAGAGCCAGCGAGACUGCAUUAAUGGAAUCAGCUUGCACCCCACUAUGCCAUUACUGGCUACAGCUUCAGGGCAGCGUAAGUUUCCUGAGCCUUCUGACAGCAGUGAUGAGGGAGAGAAUGAUGGUGUAAUCAUGACUCAACGCCACAUCACAGGCGAGAAUUCUCUGCAGCUGUGGUGGUGUGCUUCCAAUACUGACAAAGCUGAAGACUGAUCCAGAAUACCCAUCUGUAAAUUGUUCUGCAUAGAAUAAGAAUGUCAUUAUGCACAAUGCACACCCUUUUUUUUGUCAAGUACACAGUGUUGUAUAUUAACAGUAGCUGCUGAAAAAAAGUUUCAUUAACCACCCCCCCGGAUGUGGGCUUUCUGUGAUGUACAGUAUCUUGCAGGCUUGCUUUAAGAUCUGCGGUGGAACCAUUUGUGAAAGAAUGAUUGUUAGUAAGUUACUGAUUAGAAAACUAUAAGCUGACUUUUAUUUAAUUUUGAGCAGCAUUUUAGUAAUUGUGCUUUUUAUACAUGGUGACAGCUGUAAAAUAAUUGCACCAGUGUGCCCAUAUUCUGCUGCAACUAGUCGUCUAUUAGCUUUACAGCCAUCAUAAAUACAUUUUGAUUGUGGUUUAAUAA